AUGCCAGUUGAAUUGCCAUUUGAAAUACCUCAGGAUAAUCCGCUAUAUCAGAAUUACAAGAAAUUGCUGAUAACUUACCAGAAAUUGGUGGAUGAAUCGGCACCUUAUCCUCAGUAUAGAUGGUUGGGAUUUGGUGUAUUGAUUCUUGUCUUUAUGGCGAGAAUAUUUUUGACACAGGGCUGGUAUAUCAUCUGCUAUGCCUUGGGGAUAUAUUUAUUGAACUUGUUUUUGGCGUUUUUGACGCCCAAGUUUGAUCCAUCGCUCGAGCAAGAAAUGAAGAACGAAUCAAUCGAAGAAGGAGUCGAAGACGACAUCCAACAGCAGGGACAGUCGAAUGAGCAAGAAGAAGAAUUUCGCCCCUUUAUUAGAAGAUUACCCGAGUUCAAGUUUUGGUAUAAUGCCACCAGGGUCACUUUACUCAGUUUGGUUCUUACUUUCUUUUCAAUCUUCGAUAUACCUGUCUUUUGGCCCAUCUUGUUGAUGUACUUCAUCAUAUUGUUCACGUUGACCAUGAGAAAACAAGUUCAACACAUGAUUAGGUACAAGUAUUUACCUUUUGAUUUCGGCAAAGCGCGUUAUAGAAAGAACUGA